CAGCAUCGGAAACCAAACGUUCACAGCCAUUUCACUGUCAAUUGCCCAAAUUUGUCUCAAAUGGCUAGUGGAACCCAAACGGCUGAUACUGAGGAGACAUCGGAGAGUUUUAGUGUUCGAACCAUCACACUGCAUAUGCAGAGUAAGCUACUGGAUUCGUUACCUCAAGGAAUAUUGCGCUUUUUUCUCGACGAUGCCUCUGUCAGGUUGUUUGACAACAUAUGCAAGGUGCUCCAAAUUUAUUCGGGAUGUCAUAAAACCGCCGUUUUGUACACCAAACGAGUGGUAAAAAUGAACAUUCGGUUGACCAUCUACUCCUCCUCAGACGCUCUUACAGAUGAGGAAUCAUCUUUGGUCUACGACUUCCAUGAACAAAGCCAUCUGACGGCGGAACUCGUGCUUCGUCUUGGAAGACCAAAGCGUUGCUUGCUACCCGGAGUAAAACCUAGCAUCGAAAAAUUGCAUCAGACCGUGAACACAGUCAGUGAUUUGCUCACUGGUAUAAUGAAGCGACACGUGAAAGCUACAACCAUGGAAAAAUUUCAAGAAAGUGCGGAUUAUUUCGGAAAUGUGUCAUUUUUGGUGGCCAUAUUCAGAGAAGAAAAGUACAGACAAACAUUGGACAUGAUAUGUGAUGACAUUGAAGAUUUGAUGGACCGAGGAUUGUUAUAGUUUUAAGGCACGCUUUUGUUACUUGCGCUUCUACUAUACGCUGGCGUGUAAAGCAAUGCUUUCGAAGACGUCUUUUACUCAAAGUUUAUGAGGUUCGAACAGCUUUAUGUUUGCUUACAGUUCAGCUUAACUCUUUCACAGUAAGAAACGGUUGUCACAAACGCUUUACUUCAGGAAUACGGUUAUCACAGAGGCAACUUCAAGAGGACGUGAUAAAAUAACUUUUUAAUGCUUUGAAUGUAGAUACUAUGAUUAUAUAAAAG